UGCCUCCUUCUCUCUCACUUUCUCUUCCAUCGACCUGUUCACUACUGCAAGUACUCUCCAACUGUCCCUAGCGAGCACGAGAAAGAACAUGAAAAUGGAUGUGGGGACGGGCUCACCCCAACCAGCGAAGGACCCAAGCUGGUUCCUCUACACUCUCUCCGCCAUGCUCGGCUCCAAGACCUUUGGGGUUUGUGACGGCUGGGGUCUACUAUCGUUGGCAGCUGCCUUUCUCGCUAGCUUUGUCCUGUCCUGGUGGUUCACCUCCGGCGGCAUCGCCUGGAGAAACGGACGCAACUCGCGCGGGUUGGUCCCCAUCCCCGGGCCGAGGGGACUGCCUAUGAUUGGCAGCCUCCACGCCCUAAGCGUCGGCCUGGCUCAUCGUACCCUCCGCGCCAUGGUCGACGGGCUCGGCGCCAAGCAGCUCAUGGCCUUCAGCCUCGGCUCCACGCCUGCCGUCGUGGCCUCCGAGCCGCAGACUGCCAGGGAGAUUCUCACCUCCCCUCACUUCGCAGACCGCCCUAUCAAGCUGUCGGCUCGACAGCUGAUGUUCGAGCGAGCCAUGGGAUUCGCCCCCAGCGGCUCCUACUGGAAGCUCCUUCGCAGGAUAGCGGCGUCCCACCUGUUCGCUCCCAGGCGCAUUGCGGCCCACGAGCCUGGCCGUCAGGCCGAUGCCGCCAUCAUGCUUCGCGCCAUCGCGGCCGAGCAGCGGGCCGACGGCAUCGUGUCUCUCCGGCGCCACCUCCAGCUUGCUGCUCUCAACAACAUCAUGGGCAGCGUCUUCGGUCGGCGGUACGAAGUGUCGGCAUCGUCGGAAGACCGCGAAGUGACGGAGCUGAGGGAAAUGGUGCGCGAGGGAUUCGAUCUGCUCGGGGCUUUCAACUGGUCCGACUUUCUGCCGUGGCUCGGCUUCAUCUGCGACCCGCACGGCAUCCGCGCUCGCUGCGCUGCCUUGGUCCCUCGAGUCCGAGCCUUCGUGAGCGGCGUCAUUUGCGAACACAAGAUGAAAAGAAGCUCCAGUUCUAGCUUAGGGGAUGCCGCUGACUUCGUGGACGUUCUGCUCACUCUGGAAGGGGAGGAGAAGCUUCAGGAGGAUGACAUGAUCGCGGUGCUAUGGGAAAUGAUUUUCCGGGGAACUGACACCACGGCCCUGCUGACCGAGUGGGUGAUGGCGGAGCUUGUGCUUAACCCGCAUAUUCAGGAGAAGCUUCAGAGGGAGUUGGACGAGGUGGUUGGGAAGGAGAGAAGCGUGGAGGACGCGGACGUCGCCAAGCUGCCCUACCUGCAGGCGGUGGUGAAGGAAACGCUGAGGGUGCACCCACCCGGCCCUCUGCUAUCGUGGGCAAGGCUGUCGACGAGCGACGUGCAGCUGAGCAACGGGAUGGUGGUGCCGGCGGGAACGACGGCCAUGGUGAACAUGUGGGCCAUCACGCACGACGGCAGCGUGUGGGAGGACGCUGGGAAGUUCAGGCCAGAGAGGUUCGUGGAGAGGGAAGGAGGGGAGUGCGUGGACGUGAGGGGGAACGACCUGAGGCUGGCGCCGUUCGGUGCGGGCAGGCGGGUGUGCCCGGGCAAGAACCUGGGCCUGGUCACCGUCAGCUUGUGGGUGGCCAAGCUGGUGCACCACUUCAGCUGGGCGCAGGCGCCGGGCAAGGCGGUGGACCUCAGCGAGGUGCUCAAGUUGGCCUGUGAGAUGAAACAUCCUCUGUGUGCUGUGGCGGUGCCUCGGGGCGUGGCUCUCUAGAAAGGUUGCUGUCCUUUCGGUUUCUUACAGAAGGGGUUUCUGUCUAUGUUUACUAAGGACGGGUGUGCUGCGGAAUAAUAUUAACGAAGUAUGGUCCCUAGAGUUUUGACAAGUUUUUUCUAGGGGUCAGCUCUGAUCAUAUAUUAUAUUAUAAUAUUAUUUUAGAUGUGGGUUUUGUUAGGUUUGAGGAAGUGUGUGCCCCUCCUGCCUGGUGUGAAUGUGUUACAUAGCCGUCUUUCCUAUGUGGUCUCUGUAAGC